AUGAAUUUUUGUUGUAAUUUUAGGUUUAUAACUGACAUAAACAAGAGAGGAAAAGCUUUGUUACAAGAUUUAAAUAAAGUUUGUACCGACAAAAAAAAUCAAUUGAAUUUAAAAAAUCAAGAAUUGAGAUCUGUAGCUGAGAGACUGAAACACUGCCAGAAAUUUGCUGAAGCUGCCAUCUCACUUGGUAGUGAAACUGCUCUUGUAUAUAGCAAAAAACCCAUAAUGAAUCAGUUGCGUCGUAUUUUAAGGCAUCGCUGUGAAGUUCCAAAUCCUCAUCAUAUGGUGGAUAUACAAUUCACUUAUGUAUCAAGCUUCUUGGCACAGUAUAUUAGUAGCUUAGGACAAAUAUUAGUAGAUCAACAACCUAUUCCUGGGACAACAGUAAAUCAGAAUCAAAUGUUGCCGAUGCCAGAGACAGUAUCUCAAAGCCCAGUUCCAAAUACGCCGCCUGUAAUACGCCAGUCUCCUCAAAUGCAACAGCGUGCAGUUCCAGUUCCUGUACAAAUGAAUCAACAACAGCAACAACAUAUAGGACCUUAUGGACAACCGCAAGUUACAUCAUCUACAGAUCUAGCUCGUAAUGUGAAUAACAACUUACAAGGUAGACAAAUGAUGAACAAUAAUAAAAUAACUUACAAUCGAACUAUUCAACGUGCUAACAUGCAGCAGAAUCAACCAACAAAUUUUAAUAUGCAGCCAAAUGUGAAUUAUGUUCAAAGAAAUGUAGUACAUCAACGGCAGCCUGCACCUCAGAUGAGACAACAUCCACAAGUUCAGCAGCAAAUGCAGCCCCAACAACAAGUGCAAAAUCCUCCUGCUUAUAACAAUACAGUUCAGUUACCUAUGCCAUUACGUCAAAACAAGAGUAUAUCAGUCACUCCUCUUCCUAGCCCUGCUGGUCCAUCACCAUCCAAACAAAGAGCAAUAGCUCCAAGAAGUGUCAAUAUGAAUCCUAUGAAUAAUCAAGCAAACAAUUCAGUGCAACGUAUGAACACUAAUCAGGCGUCAUUGCAGCAACGUACUCCUCAGGUGAUUGAUUUAGAUGGACCACCAAACCAGAAAACACCCACUAUGUCUAAUACCAAUAGACUUUCUCAUUUCCCAAAUAUAGCAGCUACUUUAGCUGCUAAUCCUGGACUUCAAAUUCAGCCUGCAAAUUAUAAUAAUUCAAAUUUCCAGAAUACACGUCCUGCUAUGCAGCUGAUGACGUAUAAUCAGAAUGUUUUACCACAAAGUGUUCCAGCAGUAAACCAAGUUCUUACGCAGGCAUCAACCUUGCAGUCACAACCGAUUCUAACACCUCAGAUGGCUGUACCUUCUGCACCCCCUGUAAAAUUAUAUUCGAUUCGUACUUCAUUGUAUAACUCAAAUACGCCGGUCUUUGCAUCACCAGCUGUUAUGUCUAUUGCAAAUGCUAAAGUAGCAACACUUGCAACAAAUACAAAUACUGUUAAUGUUGUAAGUGCUAUAUCCCCUGCUAUGAAUGCUGCAAAUAUAACUCCUACUGGAAAUGUCAUAAACUUUGUACAAGUAGCAAGAAAUAUUCCUGUUUCUAAUAUUUCAUAUACUCCAAAUGCAAUUUCUAAUCCAGUUCCACAAAAUAAUAAUCUAACAAAUGUCAUAAAUAAUGUAACUGUAACUGCAGAAAGCAGUUUAGACUCAUCACUUGUUACAGAUAUAAAUGCACUAACAAUAAAUCCAACAUCAGUCCAGUCUGCAACUUUCCCUUAUGAGAAAAGCAUAACUACAAAUGAAAACUGUGAUCCUAAGAGCUCUCGUAGCUCGUCAUCAGAAAGUCUGCCAUCUCUGGAUGAGCUACUUAAAACAGAUUUAUCAGCUGUAAAAACCACAGAAAAUGAACUUCUGAAAACAGCAGAUUUAUUUUUUGCAAAAACUUCAGAAAUUUCUAAUGUCACUAUGUCUGGUAUCUUUGAAGAAAAGAGUAAGGAUCCAAAUGAAGAUUGGUGUGCUGUGUGUAAAGAUGGUGGAGAAUUAUUAUGCUGUAGUUAUUGCCCUAAAGUUUAUCACUUUGGAUGUCAUGUGCCUGCAUUAUCAAAACAUCCCAAUGAUGAUGAUUGGAGAUGUGUUAUGUGUAAAGAUGUAGUGAACUGCUCCAUUCCAAAUGAAGGAAGCAAAAGGAAAGUUCUUGGCGUACAAGGCAGAGAUUUAUUAAUAUGUGAACGAAUUCUUUUAGAACUAUUUUGUCAUCCUAAGAGCUUUCCUUUCCAUAAUAAAGUACACAAAAAGGUUCCAAACUAUUACAAAAUAAUUAAAAACCCAAUGGAUUUAUCUACAAUACGGAUGAAAUUAUCUCCUUCUCAUUUUGAACAUUAUGAAAGUGUAUCUGACUUUCUUGCUGAUGUUCGUCUAAUAUUUUCAAAUUGCUAUACAUUUAAUCCAGUUUAA